AAGAACACAUGAACCUUGCACUGUUGCUUAAAUACUCUUGAGUCUCCUCACAAAUACAUCUCUCUCUCUCUCCCCUCACUCACACACACACUCCAUCUCAAAUUUCAAACAUGGCCACAAAACUCCAUUUUCUUUUCACUCUCAUAGCCAUUAUUUCCCUUUCUUUCUUCUCUCAUUUCACCUCCUCAGACUCCUCCGUAGACACUUUCGUCUACGGCGGUUGUUCACAAAUUAAAUACUCACCAGACUCACCUUACGAAUCGAACCUCAACUCCCUCCUCACGUCCCUAGUUAACUCAGCAACAUAUUCAUCGUACAACAAAUUCAAUAUCAUGGGCUCAACAAAACAAGACAUUUUAUAUGGCCUUUACCAAUGUCGCGGUGACUUAUCGAUGCCCGAUUGUGCCACUUGUGUGGCCAAAGCAGUGAGUUCAAUUGGCCAACUUUGUUCACAAAAUUGUGGUGGUGCAUUACAAUUACAAGGGUGUUUUAUCAAGUAUGACAACACUUCAUUUCUUGGUGUUGAGGACAAGACUUGUGUGUUGAAUAAAUGUGGGCCAUCUAAUGGGCUUGAAGGGGAUUCUAUGGGCCAUGUUUUGACAAGCUUAAAUGGGGCUGGUGGGCUUUAUAGAGUUGGUGGAUCAUCAGAUGUACAUGGUGUGGCCCAAUGCGUUGGUGAUUUAAGUAUGGGCCAAUGUCAAGAUUGUUUAUCAGAGGCAAUCGGACGGUUGAAAAAUGAGUGUAGUGGUGCUGCCUAUGGGGAUAUGUUCUUGGGUAAAUGCUAUGCUAGGUUUGUUACUAGUGGAGCUCAUUUUGAUGCCAAAUCUAAUCAUGGUUCUCAUUUUGAGAAUGAAAAAACAUUUGCUCUUAUCAUUGGAUUAUUAGCUGGGGUUGCUAUUCUCAUCGUUUUCUUAACUUUCAUAAGAAGAAUAUUUGGACGAAACGGUAAAUAAAGAAUACACAAAUGAUCAGCGUCAACUUGCAUUGUUUGCUUGAUUUUUCUGUUGUCUUUUCAAAUUAAAGAGGAUUAAUGCAUAUAGGCUGCAUUGAAAUCUGAAAAAGGAGGAAGAGAACUUUAACAGAGUGACAUUGUCUAGAGAUGUAAAGAAAUUGCAUAUGCUUUUGUGAAGUUCAUUUGGAUGUGUUUCAAUGUGAGACAUUUGAUUUGAUUAUAA